CUCUUGCCCUGCCGUCUCCUCGCGCGCUCUGCCGCUUUGGUGCAGAAGAUGGGGCUACCGUGCGCUGGUGUAAACUAGGGGGUUUGUUGCCUUCAGUGGAAGGAGCCGGUCACCAAUGCCUGGGCUGAAUUGGUAGCUUUGUCCUAUAUUGAAAAAUCUAGAAUGGCAGGAGAACAGAAACCAUCCUGCAAUCUUCUUGAGCAGUUUAUUUUAUUAGCCAAAGGCACCAACGGAUCAGCCCUGACUGCUCUGAUAAACCAAGUGCUAGAAGCUCCUGGGGUUUACGUCUUUGGAGAACUGUUGGAGUUAACAAACGUGCAAGAGCUUGCUGAAGGGCCUAAUGCUGCUUAUUUCCAGUUGCUGAAUCUGUUUGCCUAUGGAACGUAUCCAGAUUACAUCGCAAACAAGGAUAACCUGCCAGAGCUAACAGGGGCCCAGAAGAAUAAGCUGAAACACUUAACUAUUGUAAGCUUGGCUUCCAGAAUGAAGUGCAUUCCUUACUCUGUGUUGCUCAAAGAUCUGGACAUGAGGAAUCUGAGGGAGCUGGAAGAUCUAAUCAUUGAAGCUGUGUAUACAGACAUUAUUCAGGGGAAACUGGAUCAGCGCAACCAGGUGCUGGAGGUGGAUUUCUGUAUCGGCAGAGACAUUCAAAAGAAGGACAUCAGUAAUAUUAUUAAAACGCUUCAAGAAUGGUGUGAUGGGUGUGAAGCAGUUCUGUUAGGAAUUGAACAGCAAGUGCUUAGAGCCAAUCAGUACAAAGAGAACCACAACCGAACUCAGCAGCAGGUCGAGACAGAGGUCACAAACAUAAAGAAAACCUUAAAAGCCACGGCCUCGUCGUCAGCACAAGAGAUGGAACAGCAGCUGGCAGAGCGAGAGUGUCCUCCCCACGCAGAGCAAAGGCAGCCCACAAAGAAGAUGUCCAAAGUCAAAGGGCUGGUCUCCAGCCGCCACUAGAACCUGCCAUGUAGCCAUCACUCAGCUAUGAAUGAUGCCAGAAGGAGCAACAAAGGCCUUGUGUCUCCUUUUCGGUGGGUUCUGGGCCAGUCCUCUCCAGGCUGGCAAAUAAAAAGCCCUGAUUUGAAUUCAGCCCCUAAGUGGCCAUGCCUGGCUACAGUGUGCAAAUCUCAUUCAUGUCCAAGAUGUCACCUGCUUUCCUAGGCCUUGCAAGAAGGACUUUCAGGCAGAGAUCAUUCCCCUGAGGUGCAGAAAACCCCUGACACCAGGGGAAUGGAAUCUCUGGAAGGUUUUGCUCCCUCCCAGCCGGCCUUCCUGUGCUCCCUCUUGUGAGGAAGUGGCUAGGCUGAUCUAGCGCUCAAGAGAACUUCUUCCAUGGCAAAUCCACUGACUCCCAAGAUUGGGACUUUGCUGUUGAAGCCAGGCUGGGGGAGAGGAAGCUACCUACACAGAUCUCUCCAGUCCCAAAGGGAAGGCAAAAAAUUUCCAGGCCAGGAGCUUCUCUACGCUGAAACCUUGAACCUUCCCCAUGCCCCCAGUAUUUUUAUUCACACUCUACCUCACGCUGUGACGGGGAGAUCCAGUGCUGGGCUGCGUUUACUAAUCUGUUCACUGCCCUCACUAAGCCUAUUAAUUGGCCACUGAUUUAAAGAAAUAGUCUCCAGCUGGGAGGCUUCAACGCGGCGAGG